AUGGGCGGCCCCGGGGGGCUGCGGGAGGUGCGGCGGCUGUGCCACUGGGGGCCGCUGGUGGCCCUGUCCGUAGUGAUCGUCUGCUCCGCCACCGCCAUCGCGGACGCCGUGCUGUGGUACUGGCCCCUGGACACGGCUGGGGGGAGCGUCAACUUCAUCAUGCUCCUCAACUGGACCGUCAUGAUUCUCUACAACUAUUUCAACGCCAUGUUUGUCGGCCCCGGGUACGUCCCGCUGGGGUGGACACCGGAAAAAUCUCAGGAUUGCAUGUAUCUCCAGUACUGUAAAGUGUGUCAGUCUUACAAGGCACCACGUUCACACCACUGUCGAAAGUGUAACAGGUGUGUCAUGAAGAUGGAUCACCAUUGCCCUUGGAUCAACAACUGUUGUGGUUACCAGAAUCACGCAUCUUUCACUUUGUUUCUCCUCUUAGCACCACUAGGAUGCAUUCACGCAUCUUUCAUAUUUGUAAUGACUAUGUACACUCAGCUUUACAACAGAAUAUCUUUUGGGUGGAGUUCUGUAAAAAUUGAUAUGAGUGCAGCCAAAAGAGACCCUCGAACCAUUAUUCCCUUUGGACUGUCUGCAUUUGCUGCAUCUUUAUUUGCCUUAGGACUGGCAUUAGGAACAACAAUUGCUGUUGGUAUGCUGUUUAUUAUUCAGAUGAAAGUCAUUUUGACAAACAAAACUUCAAUCGAGUCCUGGAUUGAAGAAAAGGCCAAAGAUAGAAUCCAGUACUACCAAACAGAUGAAACCUUUAUUUUUCCAUAUGAUAUGGGAAGUAAAUGGAAGAACUUCAAGCAAGUGUUUACGUGGUCUGGGAUUCCUGAGGGAGAUGGCCUGGACUGGCCGGUGAGAGAAGGCUGUCAUCGGUACAGUCUGACGAUAGAGCAACUGAAGCAGAAAGCAGACAAGCGAGUAAGAAGUGUGCGGUAUCGAGCCAUAGAAGAUUACAGUGGUGUCUGCUGCCCUGUGACUAAAGGUGUUAAAACAUUCUUCACAACACCAUGUACUGAAGAACCUAGAAUUGCACUGAGUAAAGGGGAUCUGAUUUUAGCCACAAGAGGCUUAAAACACUGGAUGUAUGGUGAGAAGAUUCUUAACUCGGCUGUUGAUGCUGCAAUUUCUCUUCAAAAAGAUUGAAGAGCUCUCUUUAAGCUGAAGGAAGCACUGGUUCAUGAACGCUGCCAGUUGAAGGCACAACAGCGUGCAGGGUUUCAACUUCCAAAGUGAUCUUGGUGGGGAAGUUUCAAUUGAUAAAAUGAACAAAGUACUUUCCAGAUGCUGCAGCAGAAGCAUUCAGCCUCAAGUUGAUACAGAUCUCAGUUGCAGUAGAUUUACUGCCCCCAGCUGAGUUGCUCAUCAGAGCCCACAGCCAUUUUAAGUUUAUAUUUCUUUUCUCUGGUUUGCCUUCCAUUCUCACCAGUCCAACAUCAGCCAAAAGAUUGAGGCAUCAGCAAUUUUUAAGUCAUUUUGCUUUAAGGAAACAUGCAGCACAGUUAGUUACAUUUGUUCCAGAUUCUGGGUCUUUAUACUCUGAAGUUAAGAAUCACGUGGAAUGUGCGUAUUGACACAACAGUUAUGUGAAAACAUCAAGGUCUUUGGACGUAGACCAGAAACAGAACUGAGCUUAGACUGAAACAAGAGCCAAUUAUUAUUAAUUAAAGCUUCAGAUGUUUCACAGCAAAGGCUGGUUAUUUCCUGACCAACAAGCCUACCGGUUGCUUUCAAAUGUCUAACCAAAAACAUCUUAAAUACCAAGAGGAACAGGCACUAGCUGUAAUAAUCUGUCAGAGAAGGAGAGCUGAUAUAGAAAACCAUCCCUCUAUGUUACAUUCUUAGAGUUGCAUUACCUUUAAAAGAAAAAAAGCAAACUGAUCCAAACUACUACAAGAACAGAAAGAAAGCAUUAGAAGAUUGGCUUAACUCUGUGAACCCCAUAAAUAUUUCUAAAGAUAGAGAAUGACAGUACUUGCUUGCCUAAGUAGUUUUCUAAAGAAACUAAUGAGGUUUAUUUUGCCUUAAAAUAAGGCAUUGCAUUUAAUUUAUUAUAGGACAAGCUGAGCGAGAGGAAUGAGCUUAUCCUGAAGGCUUUGACAUAUAUUGCCUUACUAGAAGGAAAGGAGAGCUGAUAAGAGGAGCAGCAUCUUGUCUUGCCCUAUCUUAUUGCCUCAUGCUGCUGGAGCUGCAGCCAAGCCAUGACAGCUCAGGAAACAAGUUAGCUACAGCACAAUGGCUGAAGGAAGCUAUCCAUGACCAGACAGCAGUAAGGCUGCAGCUGAAAUUCUUUUUGUCACAAAGAAACAAAUUACCCACACAGGCUUUGGUUUGAGUUUACAGUUGCAAUUUAUCGCAUUUUAUAACCUUGAGAAGUUGAAGAGUUUGAGUUACUAGGCUCAUAAGUUUGUAACUGUACUGGCUUUAUAACAGCCGUUGCAUUUGAGAACAUGUACUAAAAAAACAAAAAAUCUGAACCAGUGCCUUCUAAAGCAUGAAUCAUGUUUGGUUUAGACACGUAUUUCAUUAACCAUUUUAUAUCAGACUAAUCACACUUUCAUUAAAAACAACCUACAGGGGUGCAGUCCAAGGCUAGGAGCAGGGAAAUUCACUUUGUUAUUGCUGAGCAGAUGUUAAGCUCCUAUUCAUAUUGUCACAGCUCAAGUUGAGACCGGUGCACUGAAGAAGCUUUACCAUCCUGAGGGAAAACUGAAGCGUUUUCUUCCUGCACUUUCUUUGUGAACCACUUUGCUCCUCCCCCCACCCACAACACAACUGCAUGAAAGAGUUUAGUCUGAUUGCAGAUUAAGCCACAGAAGUUCAGAAUGGAGGUUACAGUUGGAGCAAGAAAACAGCUGCCUUGUAAAGGCUGAGGCUCUUCAGUGGCUGUGUGUGUGCUUCAUUCACAGCCCAAGGAAAUGGAAGUUCUAGCUCAGCCUGGAGAUUCUGUGCUCAGCCCUGCAAGACUGGGCAUUGCCAGUCAGAUGUAGCCGUCUUCAUC